AUGGCCGACCUUUCCCCUGCGCCCUCGCUUCACUGCGGGCAGAGCGCUCCGUGUGUGCGGUACUCGCCACACCUCGCCGCACCGGCGGAGCGGCCUAGCUCUGCGCACCACCAGCAUCCGCCCGGGAUCCAUCCGCUGCUCUUGGUGCUCGACCGGAUUUGUGUUGGCUGCAGCGAGUGCUCCCUCACGAUAAAGGGACUGCGGCAGCAGUAUCCGGAGUUGACGAGAACCGACGCGCGCAAGAUCAUGAAGCUCAAACGCAUAUACUGCUCGGCAUGUCCCCAGGGCCGGGAUCGCCCGGCCGCUGAGGUGCCGCACCUGACAGACGACGCCGCCAUGCAGCUGGCCACCUCUCUCGCGGGCCGCCUGCGCUUGACACCCGCAGUUGUUGGCGCAGCCUUUCCUCCAUCCGUCCCGAUGCAGUCACUGCUGCCGCCGCUCAGCUCCUCGUCGAGCGGCUUCCCACCGCCGCUAUCAGUGCCGUCGUCGACGGUUCGGCCGCUGACGCAAGAUCAGCAGGACGACGACGAGACCGGGUCUUGCGAGUCCGAGGAGCACUUUCCGAGCCGCUGGCUCCCACCUGGUCUGACGUGA